AUGCCCAUUCUCGCCGCAGCCAACGCGACGACCACGGCCGGCAAGGCGGCAGCGCCAGUAGCUGCCGCUCUUCCUUUCAACGUCUCCAACCUGGUGUUCAACAUCGAUGUUUUCUUGCUCUGCUGCGUCGCUUCCUUUGUUCUUCUGCUUCUGCCUCGCGCGACCAUCCGGUUUACACACAAGCGUGAAUGGAUCGACGGCCAUUUCCUCCGCUCCGUCCGCCUCGACGGACCUGCCCCCGUCGUCCGCCGCCCGUCGGCCAAGCGUCAGGAUUACUCCGACAAAUGGGGCGCUACCACUGACGCCUCGCACACGUACGUCUCUUCGCAUGUCGACAUCCUGCGUAAGCCCUCCACCGCAAGUGGACGAGAGCGGAGGAGUCAGAACGUUCCGACGCACAUGCCCGGCUGGUCUACCAUGCUGCCCAGGGCGGCCGCCUUCCUCCGGAACACCAUCCGUCCCGGCCUCACCAUUGGAAAGAGCAUCAUCCUCCUAGGCUACUUCGGCACUUUGCUCUAUGCCGGGCUCUACAUGUCCAACCCCUUCACGGAUCCCUUGCGCGCAGGCUUCGUGGCUGCGAGCCAGAUUCCUGUGGUCAUGCUUCUCGGCACGAAAAACAACCUCCUGGGCAUGCUGAUCGGCUUUGGCUAUGAGCGUCUCAACUACUUCCACCGCUUUGCUGGCCGCAUGUUCGUCCUCGCCGCGAACGUCCACGCCAUUGGAUACUUCUAUAAGUGGACCGCUGCCGGAACGUUCGCUCAGGACAUCGCUAAGCCCACCUUCUCGUGGGCACUCGUCGCGCUCAUCUGCGCCGACUUGCUCCUCCUCCUGUCAACGGACUUCAUCAGGACGAACUUCUACAAUGCAAUCUUCAUCCCGUCGCACAUCGCCUCGAUGGUCAUCCUCCUUGUGUCGGUUUGCGAGCACGUCCCCGUUGCGAAGCCCUAUGUCUAUUGCGCUGUCGGUUUCUACGGCCUUGACCGCCUGCUACGCAUCAUCCGGUCGCGCGUAUCAAUGGCCCGUCUCCGUCCCCUCCCUGACCUUGGCGUGACCCGCGUCGAGGUGCCCGCCAUCAACGCGGGCUGGCGCGCAGGCCAGCAUGUGCGCCUCCGCGUCCUCUCCUGGGGCAUGGGCUGGCGUGGCUGGGCCGAGGCCCACCCGUUCACAAUCGCGAGCGUCAGUCGUUGCCCCAGCGGCGAGGGCCUCGUGCUCAUGGUGAAGAAAGCGGGCGACUGGACGGGCAAGCUCUACGACCUCGCCCAGCGCGCGGACUACGGGGAGGCGAACGGCCUCGGCUCCUCCGUCCAGGUCGUCAUCGAGGGUCCGUACGGCGGGCCCGGGCACGCGAUCUUCUCCUCGUUCUCCGGGGCGAUGUUCGUCGCGGGCGGCUCGGGCAUCACGUUCGCGCUCGCGGCCGUGCAGGACCUGGUGAAGAAGGACCUCGAGUACCGCUCGCGCGUGCGCGCGAUGGAGCUCGUGUGGUGCAUCCAGGACCCCGCCGCGCUUGGGCCGCUCCUCCCGCUCUUCGCGUCCCUCCUCGCGCAGUCGUACGACGGGUACGCGAGCCUCCGCAUCUCCGUGUUCUACACGCGCGCGCCGGCGUCCCCGGACGUCUUCAAGACGUUCCGCGCGCUGCCUCCCGGGCUCACGCUCUCGCCCGCGCGCCCGAAGCUCGGGAAGGUCCUCUCGGGCGUCGUCGACCGCGCCGCGGCCCUCUUCUCGGGGGGCCACGAGCGCCGGCGGGGCGGGGGCGGUCUGACUGGCGUCAUCGUGGGCGUGUGCGGCCCUGCGGGGCUCGGCGACGACGUGCGCAAGGCGGUCGCUGGGUUUGAUCCGAAGCGGAGGAAGACGAUCGGCGGCAUUGAGCUCCACGAAGAGGCGUUCGGGUGGUGAACGCUCGUUCACCCAUAGGCGACUGACGGCAUCCAAUCUCUUGUCACCGUGGCGAUUGGGUCGAGCCCGUCUCCCGUGGCAUGACAGCAUAUUUGGACAUCACAGAACGCAGACAUGGUACUCUGACCACCAUCGACUCUGUUGGAACAGCAACACAACAUUGCUAUCCGUCCUCUCUCUCCCUGCUCCCAUCAUGUAUCAUGUUCUUCUUGGAUCUUGCCCCCGUUUCAUCAUCGUUGCUCUUUUCUCAGUGUCCGCAACUUCAAUUGGAACAAGAAUCUUUCUAGAACGGGCGUCGAGCGCCCCCGCGCUAGAAUGCGCUACGUUAUAGUGGCCCGUAUGGGAACCUGCGAUAUCUACGUCUGGACGAGACGCUGCGCUUCCCAUCCGGCUGUCACUCUGACCUUUUUAAGAGCACCGCACGAGCUGCGGCCGCUCGCUUCUGUUCUCCACGCCGCAUGGAUGUACUUAUCACACUCAGUUAUCUUCUGCGCUUCCUUACGUUUUCACUGCAUGUUCUCUCGCGUACACGCACACGCAUUGUAUCAUAGAUGCCUAUUCACGGAACAGAUGAAUAGAUG